AUGGACCGAAAGGCGGAACUGGAGCGGAAGAAGGCCAAACUACAGGCCCUCCGGGAAGAGAAGGAUCGCCGGAGGAAGGAAAAAGAGCAGAAAGAUUUGGAAGAGGCAGCUGGGAAGCUGGGUCACUCGGAAACUAGCGCACGAAAGGAUCUGGAUGAGAUGCUUUCCUCAUUGGGUGUGGCCCCUGUGUCCGAGGUGCUGUCGUCAUUGUCGUCAGUCAAUUCCGCCACCUCCGAUCAAUCUACCACCCACACGCCCGAUGCCAGCCUGCAGCCAAGCAUCAAUGGACAAAGUUAUCGCAAAAAGCCGGUCAACCUGUGCCUGGUAUCCGUACAGGCCACCAACAUUCCCCCAAAGGAGACGGUCGUUUACUCGAAACAAACCCAAACGAACAGUUCCGGUGGUCACGAGCGCGACGUUUUUUCUUGCCAUUCCUCACCUCUAUCAGGAUAUAUGGAGGAUUGGUGGAGACCGCGUAAAGCCCACGCAACCGAUUAUUACGAUGAAUACAAUCUUAACCCCGGUUUAGAGUGGGAGGAUGAGUUUACAGGUGACGAUGAGGAAAGCUCCCUCACCCAUAUCGACCAUGGGUUCCACUCGAAACUGCCGCCAGGUAUUUUGCCCCACGGUCUGCCGACAGUUAAGGAGGUCGCACCGGCCAUCACGCCACAGGAGCAAAAGAAGGAAGAUCUGAAGGAAGUGAAAGAACUUUCUGCAGAGCAGAAACAGAUGAUCAUACUCUCGGAGGACUUCCAACGUUUCAUCUUGCGCGCGGGCAAGGUAAUGGAACGAGCCCUGUCCGAAACGGUGGACAUCUACACAGACUACAUCGGUGACGGUGAGGCAGACGAUAUGAACGACGAAAAGUCCCAUGCCCGUUUGUCGCUGAACCGGACAUUCUACUGCGACCGCUGGUCGAAGAACCGAUGCGUGACAUCGUUCGACUGGUCGACACACUAUCCGGAGUUGAUGGUUGCGUCGUACCACAGCAACGAGGAGACACCGAACGAACCAGAUGGUGUGGUGGUCGUGUGGAACACCAAGUUCAAGAAGCAAACGCCCGAGGAGGUAUUCCACUGUCAGAGUGCCGUCAUGUCGACCUGCUUCGCCAAGUUCCACCCGAACCUGAUACUCGGCGGUACCUACUCGGGCCAGAUUGUGCUGUGGGAUAACAGGGUUCAGAAGCGUACACCGAUUCACCGAACACCGCUCAGCGCCAACGCCCACACGCAACCAGUGUACUGUCUGUCGAUGGUCGGUACCCAGAACGCGCACAACGUCAUCUCGAUCAGCUCGGACGGUAAGCUGUGCUCGUGGAGUUUGGACAUGCUGUCGCAGCCGCAAGACGUGCUGGAACUGCAGCACCGCCAGUCGAAGGCCAUCUCCGUCACCUGCAUGGCGUUCCCGCACAACGAGGUGAACAAUUUCGUGCUCGGCGGCGAGGACGGAUACGUUUACUCGGCCAGCCGUCACGGUAACCGGUCCGGCAUUGGCGAAACGUACGAGAAGCAUCUUGGUCCGGUGACGGGCAUCUCGGCGCACCACAACCAAUCGUCGCCCGACUUUGGUCACCUGUUUCUCACCUCCUCGAUUGAUUGGACGAUCAAGCUGUGGAGCCUGAAGGAUAACAAACCACUGUACUCAUUCGAGGACAACUCGGACUAUGUGAUGGAUGUGGCCUGGUCGCCGAUCCAUCCCGCACUGUUUGCCGGUGUCGAUGGUAGCGGUCGGCUCGAUCUAUGGAACCUCAACCAGGACACGGAGGUACCGACCGCCUCGAUCACGGUGGACGGACAGCCAGCACUGAACCGUGUCAGCUGGACACCAUCCGGAUUGCACGUGACGGUGGGCGAUGAAGCCGGUCGCAUCUACGUGUACGAUGUGGCGGACAAUCUCGCCAACCCGCGCAUGGACGAAUGGAACAAGCUGAACGCGGUGCUGUACGAGCUGAAGAUGAACCAAACGGACGAGUUUGACGAAAAAGACAAAAAGUCACCGGUGCCGCAGAACAAUACGUCGCUGACAUCGCUUACCAGCACGCCGCUCAUAUGA